AUGAGGAAGGCCGGACUCUGGGGGCUGCUGUGGAUGCUCUUUGUCUCAGCAGCACUGUCCAGCAGUAAACUUACAGAGCCCCAAAAUGUGGGCAGCCCCAUCAGCAGAGCCAGGUGGGAAGUCUCCCUUGAGAAAAAGGUGCUUUGCUGCCCAAGGAAGGAAGACAGGAAUGCCAAAUUGGCAGAACGUGGAGCUGCGGCAGCUGAACCAGUUGAGAAACAGUAUGACCACACAGAGGGACAGACCUUCAGCACGAAAUUUUAUGUCGACAGGAAGUUUGCCAAUAGUCAGAAGGCUUGGCAGAGGCUGGAGAAUGGAGUACCCCUGACAUUGGCACUCACAGAGAGGUCUUCAGAUACAUUCAGUCGGGUGCAAGUUGGAAGAAUCAUUCUAGAAGACAUCCCUGCUGAUUCUUUAAUGCACGUCCAAAUGACUGACCUUCGAGUGCAAGACUCUGGACUGUAUCAGUGUGUGAUAGACCAACCUCAAAGGGUCAAUCUGACCUUUGUGCGCCUGGUGGUGACCAAAGAUUCUUCAGAUGCCCCUAUCUCCAGCAAUUCUAACCAACUUUCCACAGGUCUUCAUCCCACCACCAAGGCUAUGAGCCUGCCGUAUACCAGUCCCAGAACUGUGACCCAGUUUUCACUCACACUCACUUCUGGUCCUGGAGUCAACACUAAAAAUGUGACGGAUGUUACCAGGGUCUCUGUGUUCAGCAUUGUGGUCCCCGUGGUCUGUGGACUCCUGAGUAAGAGCCUGGUCUUCUCUAUCCUGUUUGCUGUCACACAGAGGUCAUUUGGACCCUAG